UAAAAAAAUGCGUCCAGCAAGAAGAGAUUGCGUGUGUCUUCAGCUUUGCAGUACUGCUAAUCAUCACUUCAUAAACGGUAACCUGCAGCACCAGACCUCCGUUCCCCGUCCUCAACCCCGACCACGCUAUGUCGUUCUCAGGCAAAAGCACAAAAGGACAGAACCGUACCUUGCCGGAGAAUCUGAAAGAGAAAAAGGGCAUUUUUCUCCAGAAUUGGGCCAUCGAAGACCAAACGCCACAACCAAAAUUGUCGUCUCUCCGACCAAUCUGAAAUAUCUCAGGCAUCAAAGUGAUUGUGCUGGUGGUAAUCGAGGAUUAUCCCGCCCCCAGUGGGGGUGUGGACCACGGGAACCCCAUUUUUCAAUUGUUGAUGCUAAUCGGAUAUACUCUCUAUUUGUGGAUUUCAUUCCUUUGGAUACAACAAGCAACGCCCUAAGGAAGAUUUUUGAAAUCGAAGGGAGGGUAAAUGACGUCUUCAUAUCAAGAAAAGCAAGAAAGUUCAGAAGAGAAGCUUUUGGCUUCGUCAGGUAACAUAAUUUCCAAGAUGCUAGGAACGCAAUUCGUAAUCUAAAUGGAUUCGAAGUGAAAGGUAUGAGGUUGAGUGUUUCCAUGGCAAAAUACAAAAAGGGAGGAGCCCCUGCCAAAAAAUUCGACCUCCAUCUGAAAAAGAGGCUACUAAUUUCAGAAAAAUCACAAAUCCAGCCUUUAGAGAUCAGAGGACGUAUGCUGAAGUGCUCAUGGGUAAACAGAAAGCGACUUCAAUGGUGGAUGAGGGAAAAAAGACAAUCCCUAUCAAUUUCACAAUUGAAGCUGCUGAAAAAUGAAGAGAUUGUGAAGAUGCUGGAUCAGGCUAUCAUAGCUGAGAAUUCGGAUGUCAUUAACAUCGCAAAGGCUGAAAAGGAAGUUGCUGCUUGUUCGAAAAACGUUAAGAUGCAGUGUGGGAUGUAUUUGAUGACAUUAGACUUUGGUCGAAAGGGGAUUUAUUCGAUGAUAGGCUAGUUUGGAUUGAAUGCCAUGGAAUCCAUCCUAAAUGCUGGUCCACUGAUAAUGUUAGGAAGAUUAGGGAGAAAUGGGGACCGAUUUUGUGCAUUGAAAAUCGAGUUGAAAGCUACCUAUGCCCGGAUGUUAGUUAGAACCCAAGCCCGUAUUAGGAUCCUCUUUGAACAUGGCAGUUGUGAUGUAUGGGUGAAGGAAGGUGUCUGGUGUUGUGGGGAAAGAAACCAACUGAUCACGGAGCAAAACAAAAUGAUAAAAACCUUGGAUGCAGAGGAAGUAUGUCUGGAUGUUGUGAAUAUUGACAAUAUUUCUGAGAAUGAGAAUAGGAAGAGUGUUUCUGGGGUGAAGGAAAAUGAGGUUAAUAGGAAGAAUUUGGAUGGAUUGUAUGAGUUCAGAAAAUUACCGUCUGAUAUGACAAACGAACCUUCAAACAUGUUGAGGAAAUGCAUUGAUACCAUGAACUAUGAACAGGACAGUGUGCAGAUGCAAAUAGGGUCUCAGGAUGCAGAUGCAGUUCUUCUGAAUGCAGUGGAGAUUGAUGAAAUACCUGAACUUAAGCUCAUAAACUGUGUUUCAUGGGAUGGGGGGUUGAGGCUUUUGAGAAUAACAGAAAGAAAUCUGAAUGCAGGAUUGAUCUAGAACCUUUACGGACGGAAUUGCUCAAUGCACCGUUAAACAAUCUGCCGGGGUGCUAUGGACUUAUGAACAGGAAUCUAAAUAGAUUGCAGAAUGAUCAGCAUAACAGAAUGCAAGGGAACUUAACUACAGUUGAUACUUUUCUUGAUGUUAGGGAUAUUGGUGAUAUACAUCAAGAUAAGGAUGUUGGAGAUGUUGGGGAUGCGAGUUUUGAGGAGGAUGAUAAUGACAAUUAUAAAUCAAAGAAAUCAGAUAUUAGGACAGUGGAUUUCGAACCCUUGCUGUCUGAUAUGCUCAACAGACCUGUAGUUUUUGAUGAUUGUGUGUGGGUUGAUCCCGUUAUUGUGAAUGAAACCUCAGGCUGGAUUAUGGCUUUUGAUAGUGAGCCCAAGUCCCACCCCCUUCUGAUCAAAGACGCAGUGCAAGAGGUAGUGCAAAAAACACAGUUAGCUUCUGAUUUGAGCUGCCAGAGGAAAAAUCCAAGGGGUAGACCAAGAAAAAGAACCAAAAAUCUGUGUGAAUAUCUUGUGACUUCUCCGUCAUCAUCACAAAGUUGUAAGGAAGCCCUGAAUACAUGGAAUACAGAAAAAACCCUAGGUAUUUCAGCAAUAGAUGAAAAGGCUGUCCUUAGUGGUCUUAGAAAAUCUAAGACACUAAUGAUUUUGGAUGGAAAAUCGGAAUGACAAAUGGAAUAUGUGACAGGGGGUGAUUGUAAAAUAUUAGAUAUAUAAACUGCCUUUGUUGGAAUAUCUGUGGCCUUGGGAAAGGCAAAAAGAACAUAUCCAUUAGGAAACUGGUGGAAAAGAACAAAGUCACUUUUAUGGGAUUAGUGGAAACAAAACACAAAAAAGAAAUAAAAAGUAGGAUAAAGAGAAUGUGGGGUAACGAUGAGUAUGAUAUAUGUGAAGUUUUUGCAAAUGAGAGGAAUGGAGGUGGUCUGAUUGCAACAUGGGACAAAAACACUUUCAAUGUAUCUCAUAAACAUUCGGGGAGUAGAUGGAUCCUACUAGAAGGGAGUAUCACAAAUCACAAUUUUGAAUGUUGUGUGGGAGUGGUAUAUAGGUAUAAUGAUAGAGUAGGAAGACUAGAAUUAUUGGAGGACAUUAAACAUAGAGUAUUGGCUAUCAACAAACCAAUACUCCUGAUGGGAGACUUUAAUGUCAUACUAAACCCGGGGGAAAGAAUCGGAACGUUUCGAUGCGACAGAAGCAUGAGAGAAUUCUCGGAAUGGAUAACAGAUCUGAGGUUGAUUGACAUACCCUUACAUGGCAUAAAAUUUACAUGGAGGAGAAAUGAAUCGAAAAGCAGGAUUGAUAGAGGACUGUGCUGUAAUACAUGGCUUAGGAAAUUCCCCAAUUUGAAUAUGGUUGGGUUGAAAAGAAGUUCCUCUUAUCACAAUCCCCUACUCCUGACGCUGGAAGCAAGAAAUAAUUAGGGUCCUAAACCCUUUAGAUGCUAUAACGCUUGGUUCCUGAAUCCUAACUUCAAACAAUUCCUCAUCAAUGAAUGGCGAAACAUACCGAAUGAAUCUUUGCAGAACAAGUUGAAAAUCCUAAAGGCCCCCCUGAAAACAUGGAAAAAGGAAAACUUUGACCUUAUGGAUGAUAGAAUCUCCGAGCUCGAAGCAGUUAUACACGCUCUCAAAAGAAAGAGCGACGACAGGGAUCUCAAUGACAUGGAGGUGGCCAGGUUGAAUGCGGCAAAUAGCCUCCUUCACCAAUGGCUCAUAUGAAGAGAGAGAAUUUGGAGACAAAGAGCAAGAUCAUAUGGCUUCAAAAUGAAAGACCAUAAUACAAAAUUUUUCCAUGUUUCGACACUCUUCAAAAGAAAGAAAAAUGAGAUCAUCUAGACAAACAUCAACGGAAGAAACAUACAGGGAGUCUCAAACCUCAAAUCUGAAAUCAGAAACUUCUUUGCACAGAGCUUUACUCAAGAACAGAUCCCAGUGUUCGAAUUUUCUAUGGACAAUCAUCUGAAAAUCACAGAAGUACAAUCACUUUUUUUGGAAAAAACCCCUUCGAGAAAGGAGGUGAAGCAAGCGGUAUGGGCAUGUGGAAUUGACAAGGCCCCUGGGUUUAAUGGGUAUAAUUUCAAGUUUAUCAGGGAAAUGUGGGAGGUUGUCAAGGAUGAGAUCUAUGAUUCCGUCAUGGUGUUUUUUGCAACAGGCUCUUCGGCAAGACAUUUGAACGUCACGGGGUUACAUUAAUACCGAAGGUGGAAAACUCAACAUCCAUUGAACAAUACAGACCUAUUAGCAUGGUGGGCUCCAUUUAUAAAAUCAUAUCCAAAAUCUUCUCCUCCCGACUCAAAGAAGUUAUGGCCUCACUGAUUGAUGAAUCCCAAAGCGCUUUUGUUGCGAACAGGCAAAUCCUAGAUGGCGUGUUGAUCGCAAAUUAAUCAAUAAGAUGGAUGAAAAAAGGAAAGAUCCCCGAAACUCUAAUAAAACUAGAUUUCCAAAAGGCAUACGAUUCAGUCAACUGGAACUUCUUAGAACAAGUCAUGGAAAAGCUAGGCUUUGGUAGGACAUGGAUAAAGUGGAUAAUGAACAUUGUUACCACAGCAUCGAUGUCAAUCCUUCUUAAUGGCUCACCCCUAAAACCUUUCAAGAUGGAAAAGGGCCUGAGACAAGGUGAUCCCCUGUCACCAUAUCUUUUCCUACUAGUUAGUGAAGCCUAGGUGUACCUUCUCAAAAAGGCAGAGGAAAGAAAGCUGAUCGAGGUAGUUCAUAUAGGAAAGGCAAAGGUAAAUCUGAAACACCAACAAUUUGCUGAUGAUAUUCUUAUCUUUGCGCCUAGAAACUCCACGUGCAUAACGAAAUAUUUUAGAAUCCUCGAUGUGUUUUCCAUGAUGUCUGGUUUGAGCCUAAACUAUAGCAAGUCUUACUUUAUUUCUUGGAAUUCGUUAGAUCAUAUUUAAAUACCUGGGUUUUCCCCUUGGAGACUAUAUGAAUAGAUGCUCAGCUUGGAAACCGGUGGUGGAAAAAAUACAAAAGCGAUUAGCAUCAUGGAAAACAAAAAUCCUAUCUAGAGCUGGGAGACUUACGCUCAUCAAAAGUGUCCUCAAUAGUCUGCCCGUGUAUUACAUGAGUAUGUUCAAAAUGCCGAAAACCAUUGCUUAGAAAAUAGUUCAAAUACAAAGAAGUUUCUUCUGGGGAGGUGCAAAUGAAUCCAGGGGUGAAAAGAUGGGAUGCCCCACGAUCAAAUGGGCAAAUAUUGAACUUCCAAAAGAUUUGGGAGGUCUCGGGGUAGGAAAUAUGAUGCAUAAAAAUUUGAUAUUAUUAUUCAAAUGGUGGUGGCGCUUCUCCGAGUCGGAUGAUAGUCUAUGGAAAAAAAUACUCAUGUUCGUACACAAAAUCAACGGACUAAAAGCCUCGUCGGAAACGUUCAGAACGGUGAAAGAAGGUACAUAGUCCCAGCUACUGAGUAAUGAAGCAAACACAUCCAAAAUUAGAUCAAUUAUUGAAGAGGGCAUGAUCAUAAAAGUAGGGAACGGAACUUCAGUUCGCUUUUGGCAUGAUAGUUGGUGUGAAACCGGGAUACUUAAGAGGAUCUUCCCAAGACUAUAUGCAAUAUCACUAAAAAAAAACUCCUUCAUAAGCCAAAUGGGUUAUUGGAUAGAGGAAGCUUGGUCAUGGAACUUCGAAUGGCGUAGAACCUUGUACGAAUGGGAAAAUGACAAAGUCUCCACACUCAAACAACAUAUAGAACAGAAAUGCCCACAUAGAGAAACGAUGGAUGGUGUGUACUGGAAACAUUGUAGUUAUGUGGGAUACCCUAUUAAGAGCAUCGUUGAAAAAAUGAAUGAAUCUUAUGCUCCCAUUUUCCCCAAACCCAUCAUCAACCUUGUAUGGCAGAAUUUCUUACCCCCAAGAGCACAAAUGGCAGUAUGGAUGGCAAAUCUGAAAAAACUAAAAAUGGGGACUAUCUACUAGGAUUGUUCAACAAAAUGGGCCAAAAAGUAAUACGGAAGACGGGUUACUCUGGCAAAGCACAGAAGUUGCAUCUUAUCCUACAAAAUGCAUCUACGCGAAAUUCAAUGAGUCCCUUGGUUCCUCCCUACCGAAUGCUAUAGCUCUUAUUGUUUGGCAAAAAUGUAUACCUCCAAGAGCAAAACUGACUGUAUGGCUAGCAAAUAAGGAGAAGCUGAAAAUAGGAGACUUCCUUGUGGAAAAAGGAAUCAUUAGCCCGCAGAAUGCCUGGUGUCCCUUGUGCAGAAAUGAACUAGAAUCAAACUCUCACAUCCUUUUUACUUGCAGAUUUGCAUGGAGCACGUGGAUGGAAGUUCUAAAGUGGUGGGGCCUUUUAGCUCCUCUCCAUAUGCAGUUUGCAAAGUUCAGCAUCCAAUGGUUAGGCUUGGUCAAUGGGCGGAGACACAGAGACAUCUGGGCUCUUAUACUAGGCUGCGUUACCUGGUCUCUAUGGUAUCAAAGGAACCAGAUAAAGUUCGAAAGGAAGUCCCCCAAUCUUUAAAAUUUUAUUAUGUCGCUGAGAAACAGGAUUGGAAUCUGGACAAAGGAAAUGAUGAGAUCCCCUGGCUAUGCACCAAAUGUUAUAUAUAAUGCAGAUUCUUUCAUCCUGCCUGCUUAAUACAAUAAUGUUGAACAUAUUGACUGUGAGAUGGUCGUAUUUCUUUGUUUCUAUCUUGGUGUGUAAGGUGAAGUGUUUACUCGAGUAUGGUGUGUAAGGUGCUCUUUAGCUCGUUUGAUAUGUUUUAGGAGUUUAUGUUGGUGAUGGUUAGGUUGGUGGUUAGAAACGUUUUCACUUGUCUUUUGGUUGGCAUAGCCCACCCCUAUGCUGUUUUGGGUGGACUGUCUCCUCGGUCCCCUCUCCCUAUGGCUUUUUCCCCACUGGGGUUUUUUAUGCCGGCAGGUGAGGUGUGUUCGUGGCACAAAUUUGUUUCUUUUCCCCUUUGUUAAUAUAUUUUCCAAAUUCUCAAAAAAAAAAAUCCACUAAGAUUGGGGAUUAUUGACCCAUAGUAAGCCGUUUGCCCAUUCUGUAACCUAGAAACAGAAUCUAACAAUCACACUCUAAUUACAUGCAGAUUCUCAUGGUGUACUUGGAUGGAAAUUCUAGAAUGGUGGAAUAUCUCGGGCGCCCUCUAUAAUCAAUGUAGUACUUUCACCAUUCAGUGGUUCGGACUGGUAAAAAACCGAAAACUUAAAAAACUAUGGGGCAGAAUCCUAGGAUGCGUAAUAUGGUCGCUGUGGUAUGAAAGGAAUAAAAUAAAAUUCGACAGGGGAUCUCCAAAUAUCCACAAUUUUGUCUGCUAGCUCAAGAUCAGAAUAGGAAUAUGGGCAAAGGAAAUGAUGGGCCUUUCUGGAUUGUCAACCAAUGACGUGACAUAUAAUAUAGAAUCGAUUUUGAGGCAGACAUGUUGAUUCAAUUAGGAACGGGAACAGCAACAAGAGGGGGGGUGAAUUGUUGUUGUUGCAAGUUUAAGCGAUUGUGCCCUGUUUCUGCGGAAUUAUUCAAAAUAAAUAAAGCUUAAACUAAGAGCAAAAUAAUAAGAGAGACACACGAUUUUACGUGGAAACCUUUUGGGCCUAAACAAAAGGAAAAACCACGACCACUUGGGAUUUCUAACAACUUCACUAUGUUUAAGGCAAUUAGUUACAAUUACAAUAAACACCUUACUUCACUUGAAGCGAAACAACUAGGCCAACUCUUCACUCUCUAAUUGCUUUACUCAAAGCAACAAACUUAGCUUUACAAUAAGCUAAUCCUCUCUAGCUUCACUAAAAGCUAUCUAACUUCCCCCUUAGACUCACUCGAGUCUAAUUACAUAAACUCUCAAAAUCCCUUACAAAAAGGAUAGAAAUUCUCUAAAAUAAAUCAAAGAGUUGCACAAGUAAAUAUUAUGAAUUAAUUGGCAAUUUAAAAGCACAAAAUAUUACUUGUAGAAUUUCAAAAUCAAACGCACAAAAAUUAUUUUUCUCUUAAAGCAUGCGUUAAUUCUCUUUGAAAAACCGAGCUAGUUAGCUUAUUUAUAAUAAAAUAAAUUUCUAAAAAUAGAAAAAUAUUCCAACCCAUUAUCCUUAGUCAUGGAUCAAUGAAUGAUGCUGAAUGAAUCACAAAACGGUUAAUACUUCAGCCUUUGAAUAAAUCAAACAAACGGUUAAGGCAAUCAGUAACCGCUAUACCCUGAUAACCACUGUUCCUUAAUAACCGCUGUUCCCUAAAGUAGCAGUUUCUUCAGUAGUAAUUCCUGUUCCCCAAAUUAAUGGCUGGAACUUCAUGCUAUAUUUAGAAAACGGUUUUGGUAAAAC